AUGGUCUGUCAAAUAAAUCGCAUCAUUUAUGAGUUUACGUCACUGGUACGAACUGAAGAUCAAACGUUCUACUUUUUGCCCUGCGUUCAAGUCGGAGAAGAGGAGAUCGAUCCUCUGGGUGACUCAAGAAUGUUAAAAACGCUGCGUAAACAAAAAUUGGGUGACUGUUCUUUGGCUUGGUCUUUUGGUCAAGAGGGCCAACAAGAAAACCAAGUGCUCAAGUCAGCGGUUAGUAUAGCAACCAAUACCGCUGGGGAAUUUCUCGUCGUCGAUAGCAAGGAUAAGUGUGUUAAAAAAUAUGACAUUUAUGGCAAUUUAACAAUUUCUGGGCAUACGGAGAACAUGACAGACUUUCGCAUAGCUGCUGCAGCAACUGACAGCGAUGACAGCAUUUAUGUUUUGCUGAGUGGCGUGGAUUUUAGCAAUAAUCGUGCUUUACGUGCGCGUGUUUGCGUGUUCGAUCCGUUGCUUCAGUUGAAACAUGAGUUUGCUGUCGGAAGUAACUUAGAAGCCGUGACAGUGAAGACAACAAAUAAUCAUCUGCUUCUUGCACCUGGCAGUCUCGACCCUGGCCGUGUUAAGCCUAGCGCGUCACUAGUGGGGACUCUUAAUGAGGUUCAUAUGGUGACUAGCGACCCCAGUGGAAGGGAAAUUUGUCAAUUUUCCAUAAAAACCUGUGGUAAAAUUCAAGACAUCAUAGCUGGUGACAACUGCAUUAUGGUCUUAAAUGUUGAAUCCAUGGUCUUCGUGUUUACCAGCUCUAACGAUAGUCCCGUUUCAUAUCUCGUUGAGACGUUUCUUGUGCAGGUCAAUGCUCGAGCUAUAACGUAUCACCCAAGAAGCAAACACGUGAUCGUAGCCUCACAGACUAAGUCGUACCGCUCACAACUGCUGUUUUACAGUAAGAAAGGCAAACUAGAACGUAGCAUAGAUCUUGAUGUAGAGAAGGGCUACGAGAUAACUGCAGCGGCGGUCACAAGAGAUGGACGCAUCUGUAUUGCAACUUCGAAUUACUUGGAAGAGAAAGGAAAGGUGCUUGUGUUGUAG